GCUCCCCCGCCGCCAUCUUGUGCCCGCCCCAGGGGCUCGAGAAAGCAGCGAGCGGGAAUUAUUUCGCUUUUUUCCCCCUGCGACAUGGCUGCUGUGCCGCCGAAGAAAUCCCAAAGGACGAGAGAAAGGGAUCCUUUCCCUCGGAAAAUCCGUAUUGAAACUGAAAGAGAUGCUGCAAAAAAAUGGGCUGAGAAAUGGGGAUUUUUGAAAACACCUCUUGAAGAGUUGCUUGGACCUGAAAAGAAAGAAGCUGCAAAGCCCAAGCUACAGCUUCCAGAUCACCUGCAGGUUCGACCUGUGACACCGGUGGAAAAAUACAUUAAGGUGCUUCCAUCUCCUCCAAUACCUAAAACAACCCAGGGAUUAAUUGGCUGGAGAUCAAGUGUUCCAGCACUGGCUCUUGAGCAUGAUUAUCAAGUCCAAAGCUCCAAAGGAUCUGUCAUUAGAAUGAAGUGACCAUGUGAGUCUUCUAAGUGGCAUUAUGAAAUAAAGAGGCACAAAGAUUCAUUCCUAAGGAAAUAUCCUGGAGUGGGCUGUUGUGCAUUUCUUGUCUUUGUAAAAAUCCACAAUCAUUUUGGUAAAGUGUGAACAUUUUCAUUUUACUUCAUUGAAUCUAUGGCAUCCAGGCUAACUCUGCUUCAGAGCUCCUGCUUGUAACUUAGAGAUAACAAUGAAUAAACUCAGGUAAAGAUCACAGUACAUACUAUUUUUAUUAUCACUAAUAAGACUAUAAUUUAAAAAUAUUCAUUGGAAACUGGAGUGACAGUGCAAAUUUUUAUAAUUGUUUCUCCAUGAGUACCUCUACUCAUAAAAUACUCAUAAAAUACUCAUAAAAUACACUGGGUUUGUGUUGGCUGUGCUUUGCAGGUAUUUUGUGCAGUUACACACAUGAGUGAGGAGUUCCUAGUACAGAAAUAAAGUACACAAGGGCCACAGUGACCCAGAGUCACUUUGAAAGAUCAGUUUUGGUAUCAAGUCAGGGCUUUUCCAUCAGCUGAUCAGCAUGCAGAUGGGUUACAAAGGGCUGCCUCAGCUGUGUGUGCAGCAGAAUUUGCUCCAGCCAGGGAAGGAUGCUCAGAGGCAGCAGUGAUUGCUCUGGAGCCCCUGGGGCAGCUCCCUCAGUGCCCUGGGCUCACUCCUGCUCUUCACUGGGCACCUGAAGGUUUUGGAGACCCCGGAGGAGACUCAGUGAGCUGCAGCAAAUGUUUGCACAAUGCAGUUCCAACUGGCCAAGGUGUUCACAGCAGAAGGUUGUUUAAGCAAAAAGAGCCUCCAGGAAAUCAACCCAGGCAGCUCCCUCUGAGUCCUUAUCACUUAGAGGGGAAAGGUUUCCUCUGUAACCCGGCUGCAGGAUCUGCUUUGUGUUCUGCAGCCAUCAAUAGCUACUGCUUGAGUCAGCACUGUCUUUGGCUUUCACAGCAGCAAGGCAGCAGCCAGUGUUUGUUCUUCCCUUCUUCCCAAGAAAUGACUCACAAUGAUCAACAUCCCACCUUUUUUUUUUUUUUACAUCCAUUUCCAAAUGCCCACAAAAUAAUAAUAAUAUUUUACUUUUUUCCAUACUUUUUACAAAUAAUGGAGAAGUGAGUCAUAUCCUUUGGAAAGAUUACCCAAGAAGGAGAACACAUAGUAGAAGUAACUUCAGACACUUUAUUUAAAAACCAGAAUAAAGAAUAACUUGGAAUCAGACUCUGGAAAUUGAAGUUAAAUUGUAGUUUAGCUACUAACCAUAACCUGUGUACACUGUUCUUUGGACAACCAAGAUAAUUGUAAGAACAAUAUUGAAAUUCAGUGUGCUUUCUUGUCAUUGCCAGGUUUGUAUCUCUUGCUUAUUUUCAUCAUGUGGUAUGUGGUUCUUCAGUUUAUUUUAAGGCCAAAAGAUCUUAUUCUUGUCUGAUUUAUGUAAACAGGUAUAAUGAUGAUUGAUAUGGCAUUUAGCAGCAAUUAAAUUACAUUAAUUCAGGCCAAAUAAAAGGGGAAUUCCACUGGCUUUUAAAGAGUUAUAUUAAUAAAUCAAAGCACCACAUACCCAUUGGAUAUUUGUAUGAAGUGAAAUCCAAAUCCAGAGGAGCAUGGUUUGAUUUUGAAAACCAAAAUAAAUUCUUUGUCCAGCAUCUGCUGUUGGACAUUCCUGACUCUUAUUCCAAUGUCUGAAUAUUAACUCUGGCCUGACAUGAAGGGUUUUGUAUUGUACAUUCUGUCAUUUAAGGUACCUUUACUUCAGGAGAUACUUAGAUAGACACUAAUUUGGGAUGUGCAAAGAAUAUAAUCUAAAAUUUGAAGUAAUUUCUUUAUCAUAAAUCUGUCAGUUAUUAUUUGUCCCAUGUAUUCAGGGUUUUGGUGUUAUGUGAAAAUACAAACCUGACUAUUUUUUCCCAACACUUCUAACAUUUACAUGAAAAAAAUUGUAGAAGUUGCAGCUGACAAAGGACUGCCCAGUCAUCUGCCCCAGUUGUGAGUCCUAAAGAUCAUUACAGAAUUAUUGUAUCCCAUUGUUGUGUUUGAAACCUGGCCUUUAAUUUGUGGAAAUUAACCUGUUUAUUGGAGUCAGGCUGGGUACAUAAAUGCCACUGCACACUGUAAAAUAUCACACAUCUCCAAGGUCAGGACAGUGUCAGUAAACUCUGCAUACACCAGAAAAUGCUUCAAAACAAAAUUAAAUCACUUCAAAAGUGCAACAAAAGUCUAAAUAAUUUUAAUUCUGUAUAAAAGUGUUAGACCUGUGUUUCUGUGCAAGUCAGAGCAGAACCAAAAUAUGAGAACAGGGUGGAAGUGUAUUUAGAUGUCUUUGAUACUCCAACCAAAAUUUCAUGUGAGCUUUGCAAAGAUUCUGGGGAGCACAGGGAGCUGCAGAGCAACUCCUUGCUUGACAGAACUUUCUCAGAAAGCUGAAGCCAUCUGGCCUUAUUGUUGUUUUCAGGUAAACUUUGCUAACAGACUCAUUUUACAGAGCUGCACACACAGAAAUGUUCCUGGAUCUGCUGCCCAGGCACCAGAGCCAGAAACAGCUCAGCCCCACAUGUGCCACCAAGGAUGUGUCCCUGCAGGUGCUCUCCUGGCUGUGUGAUGAAAUAACAGCAAAGGCUUCAAUGGCAGCUGUAUUUAAGUUGAAGAACAAUGAAA